AAGUAUGGGAGUGAGGGACUUGCGUAUUGUUGCCCGUGUCAUCAUGUCAGCGGCCCCGCUUGCGCUGCCGCGUGUGGAAGUCCUCAGCAAGACCAACAUGAGCCUGACAGUCUCCAUGUCACCGGCAUCGACAAAGAUGCAGUUGGCGUACAGCGAGUAUGGGUAUGUGUACUACUCGUGGACCGAAGUCGAUGUCGUCUCGUCGCCGUGCACGAUCAAAGGUUUGCAGCCGAACACUUGCUACGUGGCCAAGGCACGGCAUUGGAAUGACGAGUCGAACGGAUGGUCGGAGUACGGUCCCAUCAGUCAGUACAUGCGCACGUUCUCGGAGGAAGAAGAAACCAAGCGCAGCAGCACGUACUACGAGCAUGCGUUGAAACUGGAGAAGGAACAGCGACAGGAAAUGCAGCAUCAGAUCGAAAAACUGCAACGCAUGCUGACGGACCCAGGGUCGAAGAAACGGCAACCGACGCCACAGGAGAACCUCAUGGAGAGUCGCAUGGACGUGGAAGCCACGAUCACCAAGCUCAAGUCGGAGAUCAAGGUCCAAGCGCUGUCGAUGGAGUCGUUGGAGAAGAUGCGACGGAUGGACGAGCAAGUGAUCACGGAUCUCUUGGCCGAACAAGAGAAGCUCCGCCAACUGCAGACGCAGCAAGCCCCCCACGAGCAGCAAGAGAUUGAGCGCCUCAAGGCCAUGUUGGACGCGAACGAAGCGAAACUCAAGAAGCACCAAGACCAAAUCUCGACCAAGCAAGGCCAGAUCCAAGCGUUCGAGGCGUCGUUGGCGUCCAAGCAGACGGAGAUUGCGCGGCGGGAGGGCGAAGUCGAGCGGCUGAUGGACGACUGCCGCCGCAUGAUGCAGGAACACGCUGACGUGGCGCACUGCAAGCAGCUCGAGCUCGAAGACGCGCUCCUGGACGCCAAGCAGUCGCUUGAGAAGCAGCUCGAGAACAACAACCUCAUGCAUGACGAGAUGCAGCGCCUGCGGCACGAGAACGCCGCGCUGAAGCAAUCGAUUGAAGAAUUCGACUCGAAAAUUGCCCCAAAACUGGUGCAUUUGGAAGAAGAAAAUGCCGAAUUGAAGCUGCGGUUGGGGCGGACGUAAAUAAUAACCAGUACCAGCCAUGCUAUUGUGUUUAUCACGGCACUGAAAUGACACUGUACAAUAACAUUUAUUGUACUAUUAAUAGUACGAAUUUCCAAA